AUGCUUCCUGAAAAUAUUAUUGUUAAGGUUUCUAAUGGUACUAUCGAGGUGCCUAAUCUUGUUGAAGUCCCAUGCUCUAAUAUCUGUGAUCACAGCAAAGACGCAGAUGUACUUGAAGGAUGUGUAACUAAUAUUGAGCAGGGAAGAAGUUCCAACAAUUUUUUACUUGCUCCAUCAGCUAAUGGGCUAACAUUUUCUUUAAAAGAUGAUGGAGCCCUGGAUGGCAGAUCAAAGAACCUUAUGCCUGAUAAAAAUUUUGAAAGCAGUUUUGGUGAACCAUCUUCUAAUGAGCAAACACAUGGUAAUGAGAAUAGCAUGAAUAAGGUUUCAUGUAACACAGUGGACCAGUGGAAGCAUAAGGGAUUUAAAAGUCUGUGUGAUGGUGAACCACAUACUGGUUUUGACCAUUGCUACAGAGAACAGGAUAUGGAUUCUGUGAAAAGCACCAUGCAAGAAAGCUGUUCAAAGGAUUGUCCCCUUGUUAAUUCUGGGACUCAACAGAAAUUUUCUAUGGAAGAUGAUGUAACUGGUCUUUGUAGUUGGACUCUGGAUGAGAAGAAAAGGGCUCCUAUAGACAGCUUGCUUUGUCUCUCUAACAGUGAACAAGUUUGGAGUGUUGACAAUAAUUCGAAUAGGAUUUUGACUGGAAAAGCUAAAGAGGAGCCAAGGUUGGAGGACUUAAAUCCUAGGAAGAAUGAAUCAGUGAUUGGUUUUAGCACCCAUACCCCAACCAGUGUAAAUGUCAUAUCUGAGUUUAUGUGGAGAACUGAUGAAAAAAAUGACCUGCAUGGUAGUUUUGCUGAUACUUCAUCUCAACUAGUACAUUCAACAGGCUGUUUUCCCUCAUGUGAAGUAAUGUCAGAUAAGGGCUACUUGAGAUUCGUUUAGUCGGUUCGAUCACUGUAAGACCCACUCAAUAAAAGGAAAGAAUGUUGAUUAAAGAUAAGCAAUCUUAGUAAGUUUGCUAAAUAUAGUAAUGCCUAUAAUUAUGCACUGUAAAUAAAAAUAGUCUUAUAAUUAUGCUAGUUAAUAAUAUCUACAUAAUUACAUAGUUGACUUACUAUAACUAACCAUUGUCUAUAUCUUAUAUAAAGAAAUUAGAUCGUCUAGGAGUUAUGUUAUUCUCUCUAAUCAAUUUAAUGCUUUAUUCUCUCAUAUUAGCUCUAAUUUGAGUGUCGGAGAGUCCUUACUGGGUCUAUAUCUAGUGGACCUCUGACCUAUUUAUUUUCUGUUUUUCAAGUUCAUAUUCACAAGAGAUUUCCAUGGACCGCAACAAAAAAAAUGUUCACUUUUAAGGAUGUAAAAGUCUUCAGUAUAGAUGGAUUAAUGGAUCAGAUUUAGAACUUAUGUUUAACCAGUCUUGGUGUGUACAAUUGACAGAAAUUGUGAUUUAUAAUCUAUUUCUUUGAUGGACAAGGUGAAACUGAAUUCUUUGGUAGACGUUUUGUAGCAUAUCAGGUUUUGAAGGGCUGAGAUCAGGCAGCAUGGAGAAUAUGAAAUAUAAUUUUCUGAUCCCUCCUUCAGAUGAGUCCAGGGUCUUUUCAUAUGACGCAGAAAUCGAUCAACGUCUUGAUUCAUCUGUUUGGCUUGAUAAGGAAGCUUUGCCUUUGUUACCAAAGAUUGGAAGCAGGCACCAUGUUCCAACUUUGUGUGUCUGUGUGUGGUGCGGAAAUGAGUUUCACCAUGAGGCUCUAGAAUUUGAAGAAUAAGUAGGCUCAAUAGGUUUUAUGUGUGCAGCCUGCAAGGCCAAGUUCUCUGCCCAGUUCAAUUUCCUGUAGAAUGGGUCAUCCAUGCACAACCUGUGGCCCAAACGGAAAUGUUCCUCAUAUCCCUAAGUCAGAUUGAGGACAAGAGGUCCAUAUGAGGUAAUUUCUACAUCUAAACAAAAUUGUUUCUUUGGCUAAAAUUGACCCUUAGUUCCUCAGUUUUCAUGUUUCAACCGCCCAUCUGGUUUUUAUGCGUUUUUCUAAUUACUGAGCUGCAGGGGAAAAUUGAUCAUUUAUCUUACUGGAUUAAACUUAAUAACCCAUCUAUCAAUUUCUGGUAUUGAAUUAUUCUUUGGAAUAUGUUAGCAAAUGCCACAAGGGUUCCUCUUAAGCAACAUUAAUUGGAAUAUUGUUCUGUAAUACCUUAAUUAACAAAAGUUUUACUAUUUGUAGUGUAGAUAUCACGCUUACUGUUAAUUGAAUUUAUAUAUUGGUUUUAUUAAGAUUUGUUUAAGGCUGUUCUUAAGC